AUGUGGUCAGGAAAUAGACACUUAGAUGAAGUUCGCAUCUUUUUAGUAGCGCUGGAGAUGGAUUACUUUGCCUUCUUCAUUGUUGCUACUCUGCAAUCAUAUCAAAUUGAAGGAAAACAUGUGGAUUCUACUGUGAAACUUGCCAGUGCUAUGACUCUUGAAUGUGUCUUUCCAAAGGCUGGAAAUAUAUCCCAGAUGUUUUGGAGGAAGGAGGAGGGCAAAGAGAACAUUGCAGUCUUCAAACUGCCUGACCAAUUGCAUAUUUCCAGCAGAUAUAAGGACAGAGUCAUUGUUACUAACAAUACCUCAAACAUCAAGUCCUUGGUAUUCAAUAGCACAACUGGAGAAGAUACUGGCUUUUACCUAUGCUCUUUUCAUACCUUCCCGCUUGGGAUUUGGAAAAAGAGAAUACAGGUUGUUCAAUCAGCAGGGAAUUUUGAGUCUCGAAACCUGUCCUAUCGUCAUAUGGUUGCUGAACCAGGGGCAAAUGUCAACUUUACCUAUGGGCCUGACCCCGAAACAACACUUUAUCAAGUGAAAUGGAAAAGGAUCCAUGCAGACCGCACGGACUUAAUAGUCCAAUGUGAUAAAUCUGGUAUAGCAGUCUAUGGUUCAGACUACGAAGACCGUGUAGCGAUAGACUGUGCUGCCCGGGUGGAUAGCACAAUUGUACUUCGGAAUGUCACAGCUUCUGACUCUGGGAUGUACAGCUGUUCUUACAUUGGGACGAAUGGCACAAAUGCCACUGUCUGGACAAAACUGACCAUUGAUGGCAACAUUUCUUUGAAGAGUCAUUCUGAUCAGCGUAUCUUUGUUAUUGCUGGAGCUGCUGUUGUCUUAUCAUUAAUGAUGAUCCUCAUCAUUACUGCGCUUAUUUGUCAUCAUAAAAAAAAGAAGAAGAAGAAAAGGAUGAUGAUGAUGAAAGCCUUUCGUCUUGCUCACACACAGGCAAAUCCUUCAAACAAAUAUGGAAGACCUGGUUGUCAGAGAGCAGUAAAUACUAGCAGAGGACAAAUGACAGAGGAUCCAGUCUAUGCCAACUGCACAAAUUGCUCACACAGACAGAAUAUGUGAACCUGGCCUCUUGUCUACUAUGUGAAUAACCUAGAGCCAAGGCGCCAACAAUUUUUACAUUGGGAAUGUGACUGGAGAGAGAAAAAACCCAUUUCACUACCAUUUCACUCAACCGUGACUAAAGAAGUCCCACACACAUACAAUUUAAUUGUGUGACGACUGUAGGUAUAUACGAGGAGAUAAUUUACAUACUGGUCAAGAGAUUAAUAGUUGUGCAAGGGAGACAAAUCGGCUGUGAUGCGACUUGGAAUGUCAGCCGAGCUGCUUUGUGCUUAUUCCAAAUUUGAAUAUAAGUAGACAAUUGAAAUAAGAGACUGAAAAUAGGCUUUAAGUUGUCUUGCAGCCAAGCAUUAAGUAGGUCAGAUGCCACCUUCCAUAACAAAGCUGCUGCUGGCUCCUGGUGAGGUAUGUUUCCUCUGGACACAAUUCAAUAUGGACACAAAGACACACCCUUCCUUCUGCCCAGAACAGGCAGCCUGAGCAGAAGUUCCUGCCCAUUGCCAUAAGAUGAUUACUCAAGCUUGCAGAGAAUAGAA